AUGGACAUCAUAAUAACAGGCGCUGGCCUCUCCGGUCUUUCCACUGCUUUAUCCCUCCGGCGUGCGAACCCUUUGCACAGAAUCACCAUCCUCGAGCGUUCCUCCCACUAUCACUCCUCUUCUUCCCCCAAGUCCCCCACCUCUACCACCACCACCACCACCACCAAAUCCCACUCCUCCCACGAAAUCGGCGCCGCAAUCAAUGUCCCCCCAAACAUCUCGCGCUUCCUCUGCCACCCUUCUGCAGGCCGCGGAUGGGGCCUAGACCCGUUAAAACAAAAGUUUGUGAAAAGUGAAGGGAUGUUGGUCGUCAACCCCAAGACUAUGGAGCAAGUGUGUGAGGGAUUAGAUCACUCGAGGAAUGAAGAGGUGUGGGGAGGGGGGGCGUUGUGGUAUGCGCAUCGGGUUGAUUUACAUGGGGGGUUGUUGGGAUUGGUUUUAGAUACGAAUAAUGAGAUUGACAACAUGAACCUGAACGUGAGCGGGCAGGAGGAGGCUGUGAAUGGGAGGAGGAGGAGUGAAGAAAGAAAGGGGUGGGUAAGAAUCGAGGGUGGGAAGGAGGUUGUCGAGUAUGACCCCUCAACACCCUCAGUAACCCUCGCCAACGGCACCGUCUUAACCGCAGAUCUGAUCAUCGCUGCCGACGGGGUACACUCGCAAGCAGUAAACUACGUCCUCGGACACCCGAACCAGCCUCAGAUGCUUCCCGACCCAAAGCUGAACACCUGCUAUCGGUUCCUGAUUCCAACAGCGGAAAUUGCUGACGAUCCGGAGACGAGGUUUUUCUUGGACUCGGAUAAGAAGGAGGCCAAGGUUUGUCGACUUUGGCCGGAUGUGCCGGGGAAGAAGAGGUUGAUUGCUUAUCGGUGUCGAGCUGGUGAGGUCUUCAACUUCGUCGUCAUGCUCCGGGACGAAACCAAUAUUGCGAAGCGAGAAGAUUGGCACGCCCCCGUCUCCAAGUCCGAAGUUCUCUCCAAGCUCUCCUCCGACUUCCACCCUGGCCUCCUAGCAGUGAUCAACAAAGCAACAGACCUCAAACGCUGGCCCCUCCUCUACCGCCCUCCCAUCCCAACCUGGCACAAAGACCGCUUAGUGCUCGUAGGAGACGCUGCUCACCCGAUGUUACCCCACCACGGCCAAGGCGGCGCCCAAGCCAUCGAAGACGGUCUCGCCCUGGGCCUAUGUCUCGGUGACUUAUCAUCACCAUCACCCUCCUCUUCCUCAUUUUCAUCCUCCGAAGAAAUCGACGCCCGUCUAAACCUCUACGAAAAGAUCCGGCGCAACCGGGCCUCGGCUAUCCAGGUGAUGAGUAACGUUGGUUUCGACGAGGAAAUAGCACCAAAAGAGUUGGAGGGGUAUUUGAGGGGGGAGGGAUGGGAGAAGGGGGUUCCUAAAUCGAUGAAAGAGGUGGUUGAACUUGAGUACGGCCCGGAUGUGGUGGAGAGGACGGUGCGGGUGAUGCAAGAGGAGGUGGAUGCCGAGUGGGAGGUGCCGGGGGGGUUCUUUCCUGGGUUUUGA